AUGGUGACUACAAUUGGCGAAAGUGUCCAGGCAGGACUAACCCUGACCACCUCCAAUGACCCGCGAGACAAUCCUACAACUAUAAUCUCCUCGGAUGUGAAGGGCAGAUCUACGAAAGGUCCAUGGCAAAAGUUCGUAUCAUGGAUCUGGGAUCCCGAUUACUACGAGAAAUCCAACGCCGAACGAAAGCUUGUCUUCAAGCUUGACUGCGCUCUGUUGUCCUUGUUGUGCUUUGGAUGGUUGAUGAAAUACAUCGAUCAGACCAAUUUGGCGAAUGCUUAUGUCUCUGGUAUGAAGGAGGAUUUACACAUUGAAGGUAACCAAUAUACAUGGAUGCAAACUAUCUACAAUGUCGUGGUAUGCGUCAUGCAAUUGCCUUCAAACUUGAUCGUCCUGAAGGUGAGACCAUCCUGGUGGUUGGCCAUGUGCGAGAUCGGCUGGGCGAUCUUCACUUUCGCUCAAGCGGGGGCGCAAAACUACCAACAGAUGUAUGCCUUCCGAUUCUUCGUGGCAUUCUUUGAGGCGGCGUUCCAGCCUGUGGCAUACUUCAUCCUCGGUUCCUGGUACACAAAGACCGAGCUCGCGAAGCGAGCUUCCAUUUUUUAUGUCUCCGGACCGAUCGGACAGGCUUUCUCGGGCUUCCUUCAAGCCGCCGUCUACAAAAACAUGGACGGACUUCACGGACUAGCGGGGUGGAGGUGGCUGUACAUUGUGUGUGGUAUAAUGACCAUUCCGUGUGGAAUUGCCAUUUUUCUGUUUUUACCGGACUUCCCCGAAAACUGUAACGCCUGGUACAUCACUGAAGAGGAAAAAGAGAUGGCUAAGGGGCGUUGUGCAAGAAACGGGACUAUCACCCUAUCGUCGGCUCUUAAUGUCCGAACUCUCAAGAGGGUCAUUGCAAAAUGGCACUUUUGGUUGCUCAUUCCCACCUACAUCUGUUAUGCUUACGGUAUCCAAAACUACAAUUACUUCGGUAUCUACCUGAAGGCGGCUGGGUACUCUGUCAGUGCGAGGAAUGUCUUACCCGCUUGCGCGAAUUUGAUCGGUAUUCUGCCACAAUUGACCUGGGGUUGGUGUUCAGACAGAUUCAGAAGUAGAUACGCCUGGUGUCUCAUUCCAUGCCUUUGGGGUUUAGUUCCAACGGUGAUCUUGGCCGUCUACCCCGACUCUAACACCUUGAAAGUUUUCGCCUUCAUGGUCACUGGUACCUACUUUGUCACUCAUAUCUGGUGGAGUUGGGUCAAUGAGAUCUGUCAAGGUAGUAUGGAAGAAAGAGCCUUCAUCAUCGCUUCUAUCAAUUGUGCUUUCUAUGCCGUCAAUGCUUGGCUGCCAACGAUUAUUUUCCUGCAAACUGAAGGUCCUAGAUUCCCUAAAGGUUACCCUACAGUCUUAGGGUGCAAUUGCGCAGGUAUGGUCGGCUUCACGAUCAUUUGGCUCUUGCACAAGAGGCAGAUCAGACAGGAAGAAGCCGAUUUGGUUGGUACAGUGGAAGAAGCCGGAGUACCAAUGGAAGAGGUCGACGAUAAGGCGGUGGAUGACAAGAACGUCACUCAAGUAUCUGUUCUCAAGGCAUAA